AACUUAGGGGUUUCAUGCUCUGUCUCAUCCCCUAAGGAAGUUUUUUUUCUUCUUUCUUUCUCUUCUAGGUCUCUGAAACUAUCAGCUACACAAAUAUCUAACAUGGAUUUGGAGCAAGGAUGGCACCACCAUUCUAUGAUUGGAAGUGACACAAGCAUGUGCUUCUAUGAUGUUGGUGAUGGUUCCUACCAUUAUCAUUUAUAUUCUACAAAUGUGAUCACAUAUGGUAAUUACAACAAUGCUUGUGGUUUCAAUCAUGAGAUCGGAAAUGGCGCUGAUUCUCGGAGGGUAUCUUCUGUUACUGAUUCAUUAGAAGAGGUGGAAAUUGAAAGUGAGGUUCCAGAAAUUAAGGUAGAGAAGAAUUGCAGAAUUUGUCACCUGGGUUUGGAGAGUGAUGAUGGUCAGGAGCUUGAAGCUUCCAUCACCUUGGGCUGCUCUUGUAAGGAUGAUUUAUCUAUUGCUCACAAGAAUUGUGCAGAAACUUGGUUCAACAUUAAGGGGGAUAGGACAUGUGAAAUUUGUCAUUCCAUUGCACAAAAUGUUCAUGGAGCGACUGAGGAGAUACCAGACACUUUGAGUAACCAGAAUAGUCCUGCUGAAGCAUCAACACAAGCUCCUUCAGAAGAAAGUCAAAGCUUUUGUCAUGACCAUCACUUCUUGCCUUGUCUACUUGUUUUAUUAAUCUGUAUAUUUGUUAUAUCAAUGAUUUUUCACUUCAAUAAGUCUUCAUCAUGAUUUUUGGAGACUUUUAUUUUAAAAUUUGAAGAAAUAUGAAAUUUGGUUUGGUUAAAGAGGCCAAAAGGAUAAAACGAAAAU